GAAGAGACUCUGUUCUAACUAACGCACCUUCCAUCCUGGCUCUCCGGCUAUGCACCUGCAACCUCUCCUUGCAGUCCUCUUCCUCCUCCUCCUUCUUCUGUCCUCCACACCAUCGGUCGGACAGCGGUAUAUCGCGCACUGAGCAGCGGGAGUGCGCAAGGCGGAUGGCAGGCAUGCACCUGGAGAGAAACCGCCCCGCCAAGCCGUCCAAGGGCUCAGCCGGAGACACAACAGCAUGCAGACCGAUGCUCUAACAGCAGGGAUAAAGCAGCAGAGCACCGGGCGGAUAUCAGAGCUGCAGCAUGGGCGUGGGAGAGAGGCACAGCCUAUAUGAGAGCGAUGUGAUUCCGCGGACAUAAGAAGGGUGGGUGGGGGGAACCUAAGUAGCGUUUGGAUCAGAGUUGUCCGGGGUGUAUUUUUGGAGGUUUGGUUUGUUGUCUUGUUCUUUGAAAUUCACCAAACACAGUACUUUUUUUCUGUCAACCUCCACUGGAGAUUUAAAGGAUGGAGAAAGGCGCACAGCAGCAGCACCCGCAGCUGUCCAAAAGCGCAGAGUGUCCGGCGGAGGACAUCUCCAAAAUAAACGAUGAGGAGCUGCUGAAGUGGGGCAAAGAGGAGCUGGUGCGGCGGCUGCGGAGGUCAGAGGCAGAGAAGAGGGGCGUCAUCGUGGAGCAUGGCAAUCUGAUGCGGGAGGUGAACCGGAGACUCCAGCAGCACCUGAACGAAAUACGGAGUUUGAAGGACGUGAACCAGAAACUGCAGGAGGACAACCAGGAGCUGCGGGACCUAUGCUGCUUCCUGGACGACGAUCGGCAGAAGGGGAAGCGGGUGUCACGGGAGUGGCAGCGCCUCGGCCGCUACAGCGCCGGUCUGAUGAGGAAGGAGGUGGCCAUAUACCUGCAGAAGCUGAAGGAGCUAGAGCAGCGGCAGGUGGAGGUUAUCCGUGAGAACCUGGAGCUCAAAGAGGUGUGCCUCAUGCUGGAGGAGGAGAGGGCUGUGGCUGUCGGGGGAGGAGGUGGAAGUGUGGGUGGGCAGGGAGGGCCCGGCCGCAGGAGCUCCAUCGACAGUCAGAGCAGCUUGUCUCAGCUGGGUGGAGGUGUCCCAGCACCGGGCCUGCUGCGGGACGUUGGUGAUGGGAGCAGCACCUCCAGUGCAGGGAGUACGGAUAGCCCUGAUAACCCCCACCUCAAACCCCCUCCCGUGGGCUCCAACGGCAGUCCUGGACCUGGGUCAAGACCAGAAAAUGUGUGUGAAUCAACUGGGAGAAGACACAGUUCCACACCAGAGUACCACACAUUCCCCCAGUCCUGCCGCCCCCGUGGGGGGUCCCUUACAAAUCUGGACCCUCGUGGCCUUCGGGGACACAGCCCAGAGAAACACAGCAAGUCACCUACCAGGCUACCAUGUGACUCCCACCCAAAACCCUGCAGCUCUGACCUACUAGCCCAGAAACAGCUAUUGAUGUCAGGUCAGGCAUCACCAGGCUGUGGGAAGGGCUCUGCCAAGUCCAGCCCAGAGCUGAGUCAGAGACACCGGGCCAUUCACACAGCGAGUCUGGGCUGUGGGAGUCCUGAGGCAAAGCAGGCUGUGAUGGGGACACCUGAGCACCUGAGGAAAGGCAGGGUGAUUGUGGGUAGUCCAGAGUCUAUACGGCGCCACCAUCACUAUCAGCACGGGGUGGAGCACGGCAAAGGGAGGUAUAGCAGUGGCUCUCCUGGCAGGGAUGGGAGUCAGAGGAGGGCAGCUGGAGAGGAGAUGUCCCCCCACCAUCAGAGUCUGUACAACGCUCUGAUCUCUGCUGGUUGCUGCACUAACUCCUGCAGGAGUGUAAACCUUUGGGAGAGCUUUGAUUCCUCUUGACCAUGACAUGCCUCUUGAUCAGAUGCUGCUGUGACAACACACAACCCCAGCGAGAGAAGAAGAAGGUUAUUAGCUGGCUGGAUUGAUGGAAGGACAAGCGGAUCAAUGUAUAACUGGAUGGAUGAAUGAACGUGAAUUUUAAAAAAGCAGUGAAAGGGCGAGGAAGAUGAGUGAAAGAAGGCAGCAAAGAGGCAAAACACUGGAAACACUUGAACACUCUCUCUGCCCUGUCUGCUGCUGCUGCUGCUGCUGCUGCUGCUAUGCAUUUUUCCCGUGGACCACCAGAAAAGACUGAAUGUCAUUGUUCGGGUGAGCAGAGGCUCAUCCCUGCGUUGCCAAAAUGAAGAGAGGAAAAUAAAUAAGACAGCUGAGAAUCUUUGUGUUGCCAACAAACUAGUCCUACCUCUUUGGAAAGACAGAGACCUUCUGGAUGAAAGAUGAUGAAAGAACUUUUCACGCUAACACUGGAGGUCACAGCCCCUUCUCUCUACAAUCACAACGCCAGUGAUUAUUUUAAAACCAACACCUGAUGAUGGUAACUACCUUUACAAAGUCAUUGUGGACCUGGAAUUAAAGCACAAAAGGAGUUACUAUGUCAUUUUAACUAAAAGGAGGUUAUUUAAAGAUAAUUCUGUUUUAUUAUAACUUGGUUUUUGCUGUUGUUUUCUGUCAUUUAUGGUAACAUUGUACUCACCAAUGUAACUGCUGAGGUCUGGGAAUAUGGUGACAUUGCUUUGACAAAGUCCAACAGGGCAAAAACAAGGUCGGACAAUCAGACAGGACAUAAAGGAGGCAGCUUAGCUCGAUUAUCUAAAAGGUCAUGCUGAAAGCGAG